AUGUGGAAAUUUGUAGACGAUGUCUCAUCUUCUGAAAAUCUUACAUCGAACAGCUUCUCGGUCACUCAGUCAACUCUUGAUUCUAUCGAUUCAUGGGCAACUUACAAUUGUAUGAAAUUGAAUGCCAAAAAGUGCAAAGAGCUCCGGGUUUCCUUUCUUAAAGAAACUCCGCAGCUACCAUCUUUGACAAUUGUUCGUCACGUAGUAGAAACGGUACAAUCGCACAAAGUGUUGGGUUUAAUUAUUCAAAACAAUCUUAAAUGGGACGAGCAAAUUCGAUCAAUCAUCACCAAGGCCUCCAAACGGUUAUACGGUCUUCGGGUAUUAUGCCGCGGUGGUGUCCCUCCUGCUGAUCUUACCAACAUAUACUUCGCGCUUAUUCGUUCUAUUCUGGAAUACUGUUGUGAAGUAUGGAAUUACGCGAUACCUCGCUAUCUGUCUGACGAACUGGAAAGAGUACAAAAGCGUGCCAUGCGCAUUAUCUUUCCUUGCCACUCAUACGACGAAGCUCUCCAAUUGGCUAAUUGCACAAGACUUAGCGACAAGCGAAACGAAACCUGUAUAAAUACCUCACAGAAGAUUGCUAAACGA